AUGACGGACGUCUUCAACAGUUUAUUGCCUCCAGAGGAAGACUUGGAGAAACAUAAAAAGUUCUCAAGUAAGUUGGUAUUACUCUCAUGUUAAGCAAUUAGAGGAGACACUGAAAAAAGAUCGUGGGAAUUGCAAAAAUAUCUUGUUCUCCUUCUUAUUUUUUUCUUUCAUUACGGCUUCAAAACCAAUGCAUUUUUUGAAAGUCCCUCAAGAAAAACUAAAAAGAAACAUGCUCCCAGAGGAGCAUUUGGUUAAAAAUUUGACGGAUGAACUCUCUGCUCUCUAUCUCAUCUCCGAGCUGAGGGUCCGACAAACGGCAGCUGAUACGCCCAUCGGAUCUCAUGAUACAAAUGUGAUAGAGAACAUAAAGUGUGCGCCCGCGGCCUGAUUCUGAAUGUUCACUGUUAGUUCAUUCUUUUCUGAGCCGCCUGAUUAUUCAAAGGGUACGUUUCAGUGGGUUAGUGUAUAAUUGAGAAUUAUGUUAAGUUAAAAAACCAGUAUCUACAUUUCAGCUGGAGCAUCUAAAAUGCAGUACUUUGACGACAUCAUUCCUUUCGGUGAAUUCGAAUGCCGAGAAGCUCUGGAACGGGAAGUAAAACGACAUCGAUACUGGAAAAGCAAGACUGUUAAGAAGAUGAACUUCGACCGCAUAGAAACAUCCACAAGCAUUCACUAUACCCUGGAGUCCUUCACGGAAGCUCGAUCAACUUCUGAUGCCACAGAAGCCGCCAACUUUGCAGUCAUGAGUGAAGCUUCUUCUUCCUUAAGUGCGCCCUUGAGUCCCUGGGAUUUUGAAGUUCUUCCUAAUCAGCUCUUUGUAGACCAGGUACCUACUGAAGUUGAAUUUUUGUAAAUCAUAACCUGGCUCAGGUGCGUGUCUUUGAGAUGCCUGGAUCUAGCCAAAUCAAUCCUUGCUCUGCGUGCAAUUCAGACGGUACCAUUCAUUGCUUUCAUUGCCGAGGAUAUGGAACUGAUAAAUGUUCUUUCUGCAGGUUCAAGUGUUCUCAAGAAGUAUUUUGAAUGUCAAGAAUUUCAGAGGAACCGGAAUGAAGUCUGGAGUCGCCCAUCCGGCAGUUUACACCCAUCCUAUGAUAGCCACUUUCCCUCAUGCUGAUCUGUCCCGCGGCUACGCUUCUUCAUCUACAGCUAUGGUCCGACAUGGUGGGUCUGGAAGUGGUAAGCCUCUUUUGUUUCUGCUUUUGUGUUCAUUGUUCACUUUUGCUCUCUAUCAUCGUUUAAGGAAGUAACAGUUAUGGAAUCGGAACACCAAUGCAUUUUAUGUCAAAGACAGGAGUUCCUCCGCCUGGAAUAGGAACUCAUGACCUAUGCUAUAUGUGUCACGGAAGAGGCAUCAAAGAGUGCCAUCACUGCAAAGGAGGUGGAAAGAAACCGUGCACUUCAUGUUCCGGAACGGGAUCUGUGAGGAAUUACACGAGAAUUAAAGUGUACUUGUAAGUUGAAUAAUGUCAGUAGACUAGCAAAAACUUGUUUCAGCAAAGUAGAGAAGUCAGAACACUACACAGAAUCCGAGAUUCCUGAGAAGCUGCUUUUUCAAGCAGAAGGCAAACGAAUUUUUGAAGAAGAACAAGACUACGUCAGUUUAUUUGCUUUUUAUUCCUCUAAAACAAACUGAAUAACAUUAUAGGUGCUACCUGUGAGCAGAUAUCCACAAGAAGACGUGAACAAUAUGUCGAAGCAGUUUUGUGUUCAACAUCUUCAGAAAUGCAUGGGAGUGUGCCGAGUGAUUAGGGUAAUUUAUGCGUUGGCUCACGCCAUAUUCAUCAUUAAACAUUUUCUCAGCAACGCCAUUACAUGUAUGCGAUUCCGACCAGCAAAGUGCAUUUCUCAUUAGGCAACGAAAAAGGCAUCUUCUACGUCUAUGGUACUCAAAAACUUUGCUAUUUUCCAAAUUUUCCUUCUAAAUGUGUGAUUUUAUAGUUUUAUGAUGGUCAUCUUUGGAAGUGCAAUAAAAUUCAUCACUUUUUCAUUGAUUCUAGUUAACACAUUCAAAAAGUAUCGCAGGCAUAAAGGCAGACGUUCUCAAUGCCUUUAUGUCUCACUCGUUCGGAACGUUGAGAGGCGUAUCAAUCAGCACCUCAACGAUGGCGAUUCGGGACUCAGUCCGCCUCGAGAUUGCAUGUCAACACCCUUUGCGGAGAGGGCUCCUCUCGUUCCUUGCCGCUUUCUCUCUACUCCAAAAUUGUCUCUGUUUCUUUCUUUUCGCGGCCAGCAACCCUCCUUCAACAGCAUGGUGCAGCGGCACAUCUCAUCGAUCUACUCGCGCGCUCUCUCUCUCCCGUCCUCCAGGCCUUCCCUUCGCUUUCCUUUUACUCCUUCUGUGUUUGACGUUGGUUGCUCCGUGGACGCCGCUUGCUUGAAUUUAGAAUUUAUUUGAGCAGCACACACGAGCACACAACAUCCUCCCAUACUUUGCCAAGGCGGGGACGCCACCGCGCCACCCUUUUGUUGCUGCUUCGAUUUUUCUUUAUCGUCGACCCGCUUUCUAUUUUUUGUUUCUUCUCUAAAGUCAAAACUACUUUUUCGCAUUCCAGAGCCUAACUCUCCCGCAUGGGCCAGCAGAACUCUGGAUUUGUAGUGGAAAUUGCAAGUCCACGUCUCGGACGGUUCCAGGUAAGCGAUUCCACUGUUUUUCAUUUGCCUAAAUGUAGUUAGAGAUGGUCUUCUAUUUUGUUUCACUCUCGGGGAAACAAUACAAAAUCUCACGUCCUCCAUUCGUUUCUCAUAUCUCUUUUGCGCCCAUCUUCUUUUUUUUUUUCAUUUUCUCUAGUGAGUACCUCGAAGAAAAAUGGGAAUAGGAAAUUUGGCUCUCAUCAUGAGCCCAAAUUGGAAAUAGCGCAGAGCGAGAACGAGAACAUUUGCAGGCAGUCCCUCAAAAAGACCCGGACGAGUCAAAUCCUGAAUGGAGGAUUACGGUAAAUCCUGCGGCCGAAUUAGUUGGCUCCCCGAGGCUGCGGACCCUCAUAGAUAGGCUCUACCACCAUCAGAAGCUGCUAACAGACUUUGAUGCGAAGCAGGUGUGCUGCAAUGAUAAUUUUUCGUUGAAUUGUGGUUGAUUGCAGAUUUUAUCAGCUCUGCAAUGUAUGGAUCCUACCGCAGAGCUUCUUCUCCCUCUUCUCACAGUUUUAUCGAAUGCCACAGCUUUUCCAUCAAAUCAGCUGCUGAUGAGAGAGUUUCGGUUAACAAAUCGUAUAGUUGAGAUGCUUCCUGAUUCGAAGAACUGGCCAAGAUCUACAAGAGUCAUUCUUCUGCAAUGUAUCGCAAACAUGGCAGUUUCUUCUGAGAACAUGGUGAGCUCCGGACCAGUGUUUUCACAAAACUGCUCUUUUUUUUACUUUAGGAUGUUAUAAAGCACGCUUUGAAUCACAUCGUCAGCCGUCUAAGUUCAGAAGAUGAAAUGGAAGUGGUGGUGGCAAUGCAAGCUCUCACCAACUUGUCGAUCAACAUUCGGAAGGAACAAAUUCCAAAAUUUGUGCCAGUGAUUCCUCACUGCCUCAGUAGAUUGUGGCUUCGAGGAGAAGUGAAUCUGAACGCCCUCCGACUGCUCGUCAAUCUGUCUUGCUGUCCUGACAUGGUUCCCUACCUACUUGGUAACAAAUCGGUAUCUGGCCUUCUACGAAUAUUGGACACUGACCGAGAAGAAGUCUUGAUACGUGCGAUCACAUGGAUACUGUGUACAACUUCUGCGGUCGAUGCUCUUCAUCUGACAUAUGAUCGAAUCGCUCCUCACAACUUGGUGAGCAGUUUUGCGCCCCUCCCCCAAUCUCGUUGAUUGCUUCUUCAUUUAGGACCCAUUUCACAACCCCUCUCACACUCUUUUCUUUUCACUUUAUGGCCCCAAAGGGAGAGAAGAGUUGGAGGCACAGGCCAGACAACUAACCAAUCAUUCGAAUAAAGAUGUGGCCAGCAAGUCGGUUCGAUUACUGGAGACGCUUUCCAACGUGAGUAUUUCCCACAACAAGGGAUGUACAUAAUUGAGUUCGUGUUUAGGUUCCUGCAUUCCCCGCCGCCGGAAGUCAUCUAAACCGUCUCUAG